GGACGGAGGUUUGACUGAGAGGCAGACUGUUUGUGUCUGAACCAGGAUCAGUCAGGGAGUCUGUCUCCCUCAGACCAGGCGUGUCUUGUGUUUUCUUUAGGACAGGCGUAAACAGUGUCUCUCCAGGUGUGUCAUCAUGCCGUGGCUGCUGUCCUCUCAGUUGGAGCAUCUGUCUUCGUCUCCAACUGAGCGUCAGUGUGAGCGGACAUCGUUCUCGUUCUACUGUGCAGUGCGGGAGCAGCUGCCAGUCUGGCUGCUGGAGGACAUGCGCAGUAUGGAGGUCUUCAGCUGGGAAGACGGACAGCCUCGACCCUUCCUGCCAUCUGAGGCACUGCUCUAUGCGCUUGUGCACGACCACCAGGACUAUGCACGCUACCUACUCACCACGUACUCAUUGAGCGCGCUCAAACCGCCUCGCUGCAGCUUCUGCUGCUGCCGCAGUAGCGGCGCGCCACACCUGACCAUGGCGGUGCGCUAUGACCGCGUGUCGAUCCUUAGCAUGAUGGUAGAGGCUCUGAAAGACUGUGACUCGAAGAGCAUGCGGCAGAACUAUCUGGACAGCUGUGGCGGCUGCUCACAUGUGGCAGACUCAGGGAAGACGGCGGUGCAGCUGGCGGUGGAGCUGUCACGGCCUGAAUGUCUGUUGCUGCUGCUGGCUCACGGUGCGCUGCCUGACGGCCUCGAUGCCGCACUGCAGCGACUUGUAACCUCUGAGGCGACAGACCGACGCCACGCACAGCGCUGCCUCGACUUUCUACUGCUCUUCCUGCCAGAACCACCGUCGCUGUGCCACCUGCGGGACGAGCCACAUCGUUGGCAAGGCCUGCUGGGAAAUGAAGUGUUCAGCUGGCUGUGCGGUCUAGCCCCGCCCCCCCUACUGCUGCAGGCACUCAGGUGUUUGGCCCGGUCCGGCCCUGACCACAUCACCACGCUGCCUGACUUCCUGCAGCCACACAGCUGGCAGUGACAUCAUGUCACCAUGCAAACAACACUGCCAUCACCUCAGGACUGCUGUGAUUGGACGGUAUAUUGAUGAUGUAAAUAGAAUGUAAAUCAAGACUAAAAACAGACCUGAUCACUGAUCGCCGACACCUACAGAGUCUGACACAUGUAAAUCUGAUGUUUCUACCUCAGUGUCCUGACGAGACAGAAGAAGAGUUCUCUGUGCUUUAACGCUUCACAACAGGAAACACGUCUCAGGUUCGAAUCCGGCUCAACAUCGUUUCCCGUCAUCUCUGCACCCUGUCUAAAAAAAGACAUUCAAAAAUAAAUAAAAUAUAUUCGAUAUCCUCAGUCAUAUCACUUAAUCAUCCCCUCAGUUUAUAAAUUGUCAGAUACAGGAACACAACACCUCAUGUUACAAACACAACUGAUCCCUGUCAAUCUCCUCUGUGUGAGUGUGUCUGUUCAUGUCCGAUCCAGAAGCAGAGAGAGGAGGUGUCCAUUUUAAUCGCACUGACUCUCAUGUCCUGAAUGAAAAACCUGUAACACAAUGAGGAACGUGUUUAAUGUGAAUAUCAAAGGGAGAUUACACCAGUUUUCUGGACGUACAGAGGCCUAAUGAUCUCACUGACUUCAUUCAACAGGAUGUAAGAUCAGACGUACACUUUACUACCUGGCAAGUAAAUCAUUUCUUUUUGUUUCCUUCUUCAGCUCAGGUCUUUGAUCAACACUGUGAUGUAAAUAAAAUGUAUUUAUCUUAAAAAAAUGACAGACAUUUGCUUCUUUUAUGUUGGAAACACUUGUUGACAUGUUGUCUGAAACCUGUUGGGCUCAUGUUUUGUUGAAAAUCAUGUUGAAAAUAAAUAAAACCCAAGUGCUUCACGCUGCUGCAACUCUUUAAAAUCUUACUUGAUUUUAUGAUUUAUAGUUUACAAUUCUAUGACUUUAUGAUGUCAUGAUUUUAUGACUUUUUAUUUUAUGUCCAUUAUGUUUAUUUUCAUGUGAAGCACUGCUUGUACUGCCCUUAUUGUAAAACAUUUAUGGUAUGAAGGGUGCUAAAUAAAUAAGGUCUGUUAUUAUUAUUAGGGCAGCAUGGUGGUGCAGUGGUUAGCAUUGUUGCCUCACUGCAAGAGGGUUCCUUGUUCGAACCCAGGGUGUGGGAUUCCUUCUGUGCAGAGUUUGCAUGUUCUCCCCGUGUCAGCGUGGGUUUCCUCCAGGUGCUCCAGCUUCCUCCCACAGUCCAAAGACAUGCAGGUUAAUUGUCCGUAGGUGUGAAUGUGAGUGUGAAUGGUUGUCUGUCUCUAUGUGUCAGCCCUGUGAUAGUCUGGUGACCUGUCCAGGGUGAACCCUGCCUCUCACCCAAUGUCAGUUGGGAUAGGCUCCAGCUCCCCCGCGACCCCUAACAGGCGAAGCAGUUACAGAAAAUUAAUUAAUUGUACUAUUCUGAUUUUAUGACUUUUUCUGAUGUGUCCAUUAUGUCUUUCUUCACGUGACGCACUCAGUGCUUGUACUGUCCUUAUUGUUAAGUGUGCUGCUUUUCUUGUAUGAAAGGUGCUAAAUAAAUAAAGUGCUGUA